AAGUCUGCAGUACGUACAUGUACACAUAUGGCAUUUGUAGUCGACAGCGCAGAGAAACUCGGCUCUUAUCGAGACCACAGCUACCAGGGCUCGAGGUCUGAACAAGAGGAGCUGCUGCGUAAGAGCACAACGUUGUACGUCGGUAAUUUGUCGUUCUACACGACGGAGGAGCAAAUCCACGCGUUGUUCAGCAUGUGUGGAAACGUGAAAAAGAUCAUAAUGGGUCUGGACAAAGUGAAGAGGACGCCGUGUGGAUUCUGUUUUGUCGAAUACUAUGCUCGUGAGGAUUCUGCCAAUGCUAUUCGUUACAUCAAUGGAACGAAACUCGAUGAUAGGAUAGUUCGGACAGAUUGGGAUGUGGGCUUCAAAGAAGGCAGACAAUACGGACGGGGGAAGAGUGGCGGCCAGGUACGAGACGAAUACAGGCAAGGCUACGAUGAUGGCAGAGGAGGUUUUGGUAAAGUAUUUGAGAGACAGAUGGUAGCAUCAGGAAUGUUACCAGUGCCCAGCGGUGACACAGAAAGCGGUCUCUAGCUAUUACAUUCAUACAGUUUAGUGAAAUAUAUCUGCACUCUUAGUUAACGGCCACUUUGGUGUCUCUCUGGGG